CGAACACUCAAAAAUGCGACUUCGGCUCAAACAAAAUGUGGUUCAAAAAUAUCGAUUGAAUGUCAAACAAUUUAAAGAAAAGGAAAAAAACAAGGACAACGAUUACCCCAGUGGUGGCAGCAACGUGCUCAACCGCGUAAAUUCACCACCGAAGAAGAAAAGGCGGAAGUUACCAACAUUGCUGCGUUGGCUAGCUUUAUCAACCCUUUGCAGCCGUGAAAAUGUGCAAAGUGAGGAUGCUGCGGGAGCUGGUGAAGCAGCGACUAAACGUGGCCGUCGAGGAGAUCUUCCAACUCUUCGAGAGAACCAUCGCGGACUACGAGGAGGAACUUUGUCGAACCAAAGAGGAGAACGAGCGACAACGCGAACUACUGGACGCGGUUCUCAAGCCACAAGUUGGAAUACACGCGUCGGACAUCCAGCAAGUGUUGGUGGAGAGUGAAGAAGAGGUUCCCUCUGAGCAGCAGGAGGAGCCAACAGAGCCCCUUCAUGUCAAAGAAGAAGACGAGGAUGAGGAUGAGUGGACCAGCUACGGCGUCAAGCGCGAGGACGACAGUGCGCCUCGUGGACACGGAGAGGAGAACCGAAGCGGCACGAGCUGGGAAAUUGAAGCAAAAGCACACGUGGACGACGACAUCUCCGCCUCUUCCGACACCGAACUCAGUGACGACGCCAAAGAGCCAUCGGACCCGAAAGCAAGAGCUUCACCAGGAAGUCCGAUUUGAAGGUGCACAUGCAGGCCAAACACACGGGCGAGAAGCCCUUCAACUGCGACAUCUGCGCAAAAAAAUUCCCUGUGAAGAAAUACUUGAUGAUUCACAUGAGGACGCACUCUCUGGAUAAACCGUUCGCUUGCUCGGCUUGCUCCAAAGCAUUCGCCGCCAA